AAAAACAUUCGAACAAACUUCUUUUUCACUUGACCAUUCCUUUUAUCGUUGAUGAAGUUUCAAGAUAUCUGUACACGUGUAUAACAUACUAAGCAGUAAAAUUUAAGAUGAAUCAUCAUACUCGAUAGUAAAGGAAGCAUAAUUUGAGUAGUGUUUCCAAGGUGACGCUUGACGCAUGCUCCUUCUGUUUGUAUAUAGAAUAUAAUUUUUCUUUUAAAUAUUUUGAAUCAGUUUCUUUUAUAAAAUUGUGAUACAAGUUCUGAUAAUCGCAAAAGAUUAUUUAAUUGUUGAUAAUUUACAGUAGUUGACACUUUGCGCAGAGUGUACCAACAUGAAAAACAGAAUACGUUUCGUUUGAAUUUUACGUUACGUUGGACAAUUGUAUUCGCGGUGAAUCCCGGAAUUCUAUCGCAGACAUUAGUGAACUUCCAAUCUCAGUACGAUAAUGUAUUGCUACAUAAGUGAUCGCACGGACGUAUUUAGAUAACUUUAUAAUCUUAUGUUAAUAGUACAUACUUACAUGGUUACGAACGAAAAGUAAAUAACGCGAAUAAACAUUUUUUGUUCAGAAACAAUCGAUGUAAAGUCAUAGUGACAUCUUGUAAGACAAUUGUAUCUUAAUCCAUGACGAAUUAUAUUUUUAAUAAGACGUAGGGCUUUAGUAACGCACAGAAGCUUGAACUUGUUGUAGCUCUUUUAGUAGUAUCAUUAAUGAUAAAGUGUUCUUUGACGUAAUCUCUGUAAAUACAUUAUUGGUGAACGAAUUUAACGGAAAUAUUUGUUGUGAAUCUCAUAUAAAUAGCAUCAAAAGGAGCAUUGAAAGGCAUCAAAACAAUGGGUAACUCGCAAAAUACAAAAGCGACAAAUGUUUCGUGUAAUUCUUCACGAUCGUCCAAUACUCCAAAACAGAGGUCUAACUCUUCAGAAGAACCAUUCAAACCUGUUAUACAGUUUUACCAAGCUUUCCCACAAACGUCCAAAACUUCGGCCGAAUUGUACAAAACUUCACUUUCUGCGUCAGUUAAACCACCACAGUAUACAAAAGUGACAAAUGUUUCGAAUAGUUCUUCAAGGUCGUCCAAUAUUCUAGGACAGAGGUCUAAUUCUUCAGAACAUCCAGUCAAACCUUCUGUACAAUUACACAAAACUUCGGUACAAACGUCCAAUCCUUCGGUACAAUCGGUCACAACUUUAGGACGAUCAUCUAAUACUUCGGCCCAAUUGCACAAUGCUUCACUUUCUGCGUCAGUUAAACCACCACAGCAUACAAAAGCGACAAAUGUUUCAUAUAGUUUUUCAAGAUCAUCCAAUACUCCAGAACAAAGGAACUCUUCAGAACAAUCAUUCAAACCUUCUGUACAAUUACCCAAAACUUCGUUACAAACGUCCAAUCCUUCAGUACAAUCAGUCACAACUUUAAGACGAUCAUCUAAUACUUUGGCCCAAUCACACAAUGCUUCACUUUCUGUGUCAGAUAAACCACCACAGCAUACAAAAGCGUCAAAUGUUUCAUAUAGUUUUUCAAGAUCAUCCAAUACUCCAGAACAAAGGAACUCUUCAGAACAAUCAUUCAAACCUUCUGUACAAUUACCCAAAACGUCGUUACAAACGUCCAAUCCUUCAGUACAAUCAGUCACAACUUUAAGACGAUCAUCUAAUACUUUGGCCCAAUCACACAAUGCUUCACUUUCUGCGUCAGUUAAACAACCACAGCAUACAAAAGCGACAAAUGUUUCAUAUAGUUCUUCAAAAUCGUCCAAUACUCCAGGACAGGGGUUUAACUCUUCAGAACAAUCAUUCAAACCUUCUGUACAAUUACAAAAAACUUCGGUACAAACGUCCAAUCCUUCGGUACCAUCGCUCACAACUUUAAGACAAUCAUUUGAUACUUCGGCCCAAUCACACAAUGCUUCAGUUUUUGAGUCGGUUAAACCACCACCGUCGUUCACAUCGGAAGAAGAAUUUGUCCGAGAUUGGUCAACAUGGAAAAGCGAUUUUUUAAUAUAUAAAAAGAUAUCAGAUAUAAAUAAACCUGGUAAUGUCAAAUGGGGAGAUAGGUUACGAAAUGUAAUGGGACCAAAUGGACAAAAAAUAUGUAAUGUAUUUACAUUUAACUCCUUGAAUGACAAAAACGAUUUGGAUAUAUUAUUGAAGAAAUUUGAUGAAUACCACACUUUUGCAUCAACAGAGAAGCUACCAGAUGAAGAUACCUACAAGUACAUACGUCACUUGCAGUUGACAGUAAGUAAAGCAAAUUUUAAAGAUGAAGAAGGAUUAAUAAGAAAUAAAAUUUUGAAAGAAAUUGACGAACGCACAUUUACUAAUGCUGCAAAAGUACCAAUGCCAUGGUUCAAAUUUUCUUCCGAUUUUAAUAAUUUAACAUUGAAGGAAAUUGCAUUUAUUUGGAAACUGUAUGAUGGAAAUUUUACGGAAGAUUGUGACAGUUGCGGAAAUAAUCAUAAUGAUGAAAGAUGCCCAUCAUUAGGAAAGCAAUGUUUCAAAUGCAAUGAAUUUAAUCACUUUCCCAAAAGAUGUCCAACCGUUUUUAUUACUGAUUGUCAUUACUGUGGAGAUUCUCAUUUGAAGAAAAAAUGCCCUUCUUAUAAUGAAACUUGUACCAAGUGUAAUAAGUUAAAUCAUUUUUCUUGGAAAUGUCAAUCUCAAAUUUCAAGUUGUCACUUUUGUGGUUUAACUCAUGGUGCAUCUAGAUCACUCUGUCCAGCAAAGAAUACUCUCUGUUCUACUUGCAAAACAAAGGGACAUUUUGCUGGAAAAUGUAAGAACAGUUCUUCCAGGAAUCAUUGAAAUUAUUCAAUACAUGAUAUAUAAUUAUUGAUUACAUACUAAAGACAUAAAAUGACUAGAAAAUAUAUAUAUUGUUUUGUCUAUAUCAAUUUUAAAUAUUUUAUAAGCAAACAGAUACAAUAAAAUA